AUGGUGGACAAUAGGUCUAGUCAGCAAACUGGUGACUCAGUUGCCAUGGAUAGUACAAAUUCCCCUUCAUCUACUUCCAUAAAAUGGCUCUCUCUACCCUAUACUUUUAACAAGAAACACCCUUUCGUUUAUACUCAAUGCCAGUCCAUCCAUGCCCGCUCCAUUUUCCCAUACCAAGACACCCCCGCCGCCCGAAUCUGUUACACCUCUCUUCUCAACAUUCCUCAUGAGUUAUCCGCCAUUAUGUCCGCCAGCCAUGUGGAAAGCCGGCCACUAGUUUUCGACGAAGGACAUUCGCAUAUUUUAUCGUAUGGAUUUAAUUUGUUAUGGAGUUCCAAAACGAGGGUAAUCGAGCAGUUUCACAUUAACCAUCUGAUCCUGCCUUAUUUGUUCGCUUUUGCGGUUGGGGAGCUAGGAUCAAGAGAAGUUGGGCCGAGGACUACAAUUUAUGUUGAGGCGGUGGAUAGCCUUUUGGAUGCUGCGGCGAAGGAGUUUGCCGGGACGGAGGAGAUGAUCAUGCAAGGGGAGAAGUUGUUUGGAAAAUAUCCUUGGGAGAGAUUCGAUUUGCUUGUUCUACCGCCUAGUUUCCCUUAUGGCGGAAUGGAGAAUCCAAUGAUGGUGUUUUUAACCCCAACUGUGAUUAAAGGAGACGUCAGUGGGGCGCAGGUGGUGGCUCAUGAGCUCGCUCAUAGUUGGACCGGGAGCUAG